GCCUCAAAGAUUCCACGAGCUUUGUGCUGCUUGCGUCGACCACUCCAGCCGCCUCCGCCACCCUCCAUGAGACCCUAGACGCCGGUCAAGCCGUUAGGAGCUGUGCGGCGGUCCACUUUGAAGGCCGAGUCCCCGUCUUCAGCGACAUCCGGAGCGUCCCGGCGGCUGUGCCUCCCUUGCCAAAUGCUGGGGGCAUGCGAGGAGGCCGCCUCUCCUAUGCGGCCAAGCAGGGAGCCGCCGACUUUGCAAUCGACUACGGACUCGCCUUCAGCCUCCGGCCUACAGGGGCAUUUGCACGAGGCGGAUUCGGCUCGACGUGCAUCGGGCGCACAUGCGGCGGGAAGGGGGCGGUCUACGCUCGAGGGAGCGAACCCUUCAUCUGGGAGCGGAAGCGAAACCGGGGUGGGGCAGUCAUUUGCCGGGGUGGUGGGGGGCACCUUCUGUGCCUGCGGUGCGUGGAGGCCCAGUACGAAGAGGGGAGCCCCUUUGUUUCGAGCGCGACCGGGGGCCCUGUUCCUCAGCAAGAGCUCUUCACCAAGUACGAAGUGUUUCCCAGUACUCAAGAGCUUCAAGAGGUACGGUCAGGAGAGACGGGAAGCGAAGGCGGCCACCAAUUCUUCGUGCAAAGGAGGGAUCUUGCCCCCUGCCCGUACUGCCGUGAGCCCAAGACGGCCGCUCCGGCGAGGCGCGGUGUCAAGAGAGCGCUUGAAGAGGGGCCCAACCCUCUGGAGCUAGGCACGGUGGCGGUUCUAUCGGAGUUGAGUCGAAGCAAGAUCCCCCCGAUUGCAGUUGCCCCCGGCCUUUUCCUUUUGCCUCUGCUCGACGCCCCUAGUGGGCGCCUUCUAGACAUUUCUGCCACGGAUCGAGGGCUUCUCAAUGUCCCUCGUCUCGUGAAAGUCGACCAUAUGGGGGGCUUCCGAUGCUUGUGCGGUCAGAAGACGUGCCGGGACCACGACAUGUCGUUCCUGGAGGCGACGCGUCUCAUGAGCGGCUGGUGGCAAAACGGAGAGGCCAUCUUCACGGCCUUUGACGACAGCCGCCCCUUCGUGCGCGAGGUCACCGACGGCGUGCCUUGGGUGUUGCCGCUAGAACAAGGGGGGUGCCUGGGGGGCACACUCUUUGGGCUUGACGCGGAGGCGUGGAAAGGCGGGCCGCACCUCCGAGUGUUCGUCGUGAGCAACCCUGGAGAGGAGCCCGUGGUUUGCGUGCUCUGGGGAGAGAAUGCGCACUGCAGCGGCGUCGACUGCACGGGUUUUGAGCGGUGCCGGCACCUUUUGGGGGUGCUCUCGAAGCAAACCUUGCCUCUGAUUGAGCGCGCAACUAAUGGGGGCGGGAGCCAGACGACACGAACUCUCGCUGAGAGGCGGGCAGAAAGGGUUGAGCAGCGGGAAGCGGGGACGAUGAGGCUCUUGGUCUGUAACGACUCCGCGUGCCGUCGACCCAACUCGAAAGUUGCGUGCACCCACCAAGAAACCCUCGAACCCUGGGAGUGUCUUUCGGCUGCGGCGCUUGACAUGGGCCACAGCCACAAAAAGAUCGACAUGAGUCGGGGGGAAGCGAGUGUCACGAGCCUUUGUGAACGGUGGGGUGAGGAGGGCGUGCGACGGCGGGACAGAGAAAAGCACUUUUGCGCUCCACGACCCGCCGAGUUGCUCUCUCCAUGCGGCCGUCCAUGGCAGCUGGAGAGCAGGAAGGCGUCUCUGACAACGGCGGGGGCGCGCUACGAGAUCACUACUCAUCGGCGUGUCUGCUGCAUCGCUCCUGGGCGAGAGGCGGCGUGCUGCUCAGUAGCCUACGACGGCCAGGUACACGCUGAAGCUGCCAAGUCCGGAAGACCGAGCAAGCCAUUCUCAGCGACCACGCUCAAAGCAGGCGCGAGUUUGUCGUUCAGAGCCAUGACAGAGUAG